CGAGCUCGUGUUAAUGUGACCUCUGAUGUUUCUCGUCUUAGUGCGAUAGGUUAGGUUGUAGUGAACUAAAUUGUGCGCCUUUUCGCGCUCUGCUUCUAGCCCGAGUGUCCGCGGAGGCUUCCAAUGCCAACCCCGGGAAUUUCGUAUACUUAUGUGUCAGCUGAGAGCCAUAAAUUGGCCGUACUUUCCGACGUUACAGUGGUGUCGCAAUUCAUUUUGUUGCGCCCUUCGCCCGGUCGAGAGCACCAUGGCAUCAUUCACAGCUGCUCGAGGGUAUGGGACCCGGAAGCUGCUCUGUUCAGGAAAAGAGGCGACAAUGCACUUGUUGUCUUGAACCGGCCCCUAAGUGCCCAGACUACGGCGUUUUUAAAGAAAGUCUGGAAUAAAGCACCUGUGAAGAUGUGUGUUGAUGGAGGAGCGGACCGUUUCCGCACUGCAAUGGCCACCUGCACUGAGGAGCUCGUUCCAGAUUAUGUCACUGGAGAUUUUGACUCUGCAUCAAAGGAAACACUCGAGUAUUAUAAAUCAAAAGGCAGUAAUGUGAUUCACACGCCGGAUCAAGAUCAUACUGACUUCACCAAAGCAUUGCAAGUACUUGGAAAGAACACCUGUUCAAAAGUUCCACCUGUCAAGCUGGACUGGGUGCUGGUCAUCUGUGGCAGUUUUGACCGGGUGGACCACAUGAUGUCCAUCUUCAACACGCUAUACGAGAGCGACGAGUUGUUGGAUGGUGCACCCGUCUGCCUUCUCUUGGAAAACUCGCUCACUUGGCUGCUCAGAGCGGGCAAGCAUCGCAUCCUCACACCACCACACCUGACUGGAUCAUGGUGUGGUCUGAUCCCGGUAGGAGCACCGUGCACCAGUGUCACCACCACUGGACUCAAGUGGAACCUGAACCACUCGGAGAUGAGCUUUGGCAAGCUGAUCAGCACUUCAAAUGCCUUCGAUGGCUCGGAAUCCGUGACUGUGGAAACCAGUGGGCCUCUCAUCUGGACCAUGGAGUUGCAGAGCCAUUGCAUCACAGACUGAAGGGUCACCUUGCACAGCAGUUGAACUUACAUAGCUCACUUUGGCACUCUUUGUUUUUAAUUGUACAUACAAGUACUAGGAAACAACCUCUGCUAAGAGAAUUUAUAGAUAUAGUUUUUGGCAUGUUAUCUUUUAUAACUUUGUUUUUAGCCAUAUUUCAAAAUAAAAACGGGCAACUUUUUGUUUUA